GCACCUCCCACUCGCGGGGAAUGCGCUGCCGUGGGCGGGGUGCGAGGUCGUCAGGUGGCGGGGAGAUGGGCGGGACUGAUACGGGGACUGCGAGUGGCUGUGCCGCGGGCUUCUGGCCUUUGCCGCCUCUUGUUUGUUUCCUGCGUGCGGAGCUCCGCUAGCGGAUUGUGUCGUCCCGCGCACGUCACCGCGAAGGGGUGGUCCGAGGGUCCGGGCUCCUGGCUGCGCGCUCCCCCUCCUGCAGGCAGAGGAGCGGACCCGCGGGCGCGCCGCGCCGGGCACCUGCGUCCCGCCUGGGAGCCAGAAGCUUAAGUGAAAAUGGUACGUGAAACAAGGAGCAAUUCUAAAAUUCAAGAGCGUGAGCAGAAAUCUCGAGUUGAUUGGAAGCGCACUAAAAGAAGCAGUAUCUCACAGUUAGUGGAUAGUGAUGAAGACCUUGAGAGUGAAGACGGUGAGAGUGAGGAAGAGCGUGAUAGUGAUGAAAGUAUUGACAGUGAUGAAGAGCUUGCUAGUAACAAAGGGCUUGAAAGUAAUAAAAAGCCAGAAGAUGAAAGUGAGCUUAAGUUAGUUAAAGUUGAAAGUGAAGGAAACAACUGUGAGCAUCUCAUUGACACUGGCAGCAGUUCAACAAAUGAACGAGAAAAGAACAAAAGCAAUCAGAGUAGUAGUGAUUCACCAGACCAGGAAAAGCAUUCAAGUCAAGAGGAUGCUGAUCCCAACAAGCACCCUGAACAAAUAAUAGAGGAGGAUUUAGAAGAAGAAAACGUAAAGCGAGGGAAAAGAAGAAGAAACUCCUCGGUGAUGAGUGACAGUGAUGAGAGAGGUGACAGUGACGACAGUGACGUCGCAGUGAGGAAAGUAGGUGUUAAACGUCCGCGUAGAGUGGUUGAAGACGAAUGUUCUUCAGCGGAGCUGGAGCAGAAUCAACCUGAGAAAACAUCAGCUGCAAGAAAGCGAGAACAACUCCAGAAGCUGAAAGAACUCUCAAAACAAAGAUCUCAUCAGAGACGUAACAGUAGUAGAGAUUUUGAGGACUCUGAAAGGGAAUCUUGCCCAAGCAGUGAUGAAAAUGAUGAAGAUAAGGAGGAGGAAGAGGUUGAUGAAUCUGAUGAAGAUGGAGAUAAUUACAUUAUUGAUGACUUUGUAGUACCAGAUGAGGAGGGUGAUGAAGAGAAUGAAAGCCAGCGAGGAGAACAAUUGGCUACAUCACAACUGAAAUCUAAUUCACUUUAUUCUUUUAGUGACCACUACACUCACUUUGAAAGAGUUGUGAAGGCUUUCCUGAUCAAUGCUUUAGAUGAAUCAUUCCUGGGAACAUUAUAUGAUGGCACCAGGCAGAAAUCAUAUGCACAAGACAUGCUGACAUCUCUUCAUUAUUUGGACAACCGCUUUGUUCAGCCUCGUCUGGAGAGCUUAUUCUCUAGGAGUCGUUGGAAAGAGCAGUAUAAGAUCCAGAAAAUAUUUACCUACUUGAAAGGGAAAUAUUUACUUACUUGGAAGGAGCGGGUAGGAAGUUAUUCUGAUGUGAGCAUCUAUUCGAAGAAUGCUAAAGACUGUUCCUGCCAGGCUUGCGGGUUGCAGCGCCACUGUGCAUAUUUAGUGAGCUUAUCAGGGAAGGAGUAUAACCCCAGGACUAUGAAAGCUGAUGAUUUCAUGCCAUAUGAUAAGCAGGAAUUUUUUAUUGGCAGAAUUUGUGCAAACCGUACCAGAGUUUAUCAUAAUCUGAAACAUUUUAAAUUCAAGCUGUAUCAAGAAUGUUGCUCCAUGGUAAAUACAGAAGAAGUUGAGAAUGAACAAGUUAAAGAAACAGUGGAAAGAAUUUUCAGUCAGUUAAAAGAAAAUGGCUGGAUUAAGGAGAAAUAUGGUCUACUUCAAACAUAUCUCAAUGAUGCGGAUUACUUUCAAGAUGAGAAGUUUGCAUUGUAACACCUUCAGAGAAGAUUUUAUAAAUUCCUGUAGAUGUGAAGAUCAUGAAUAUUGUUUCUCUGUAUCAUGUGACAUAUUUAUAUAUUUUCUGUAUAUCUUCAUGGCAAAAUACCUUGUUUAAAACAUGUUCAUCUUAAUUUCCAUGAAGUACUACUCUACAGUCUAAUAAAUUUGUAUCUGCUAUACAUAGAAAACAUAAGCCUAAUCAUUUUUAAAUGUAUUUGAAGUUAAUAACAAUAUCUUUAUAACAGAUGAUUAUCAAUCAAGGGAAUAAAUGUUCAUGUCCUGUCAAUUUAAUAGAAAAAUACUGUAUUUUUAAAAUGUACUUAGACCAAUAUCGACAUGUAUGUAUUGCUGACUAAUAUUGACAUGUAUGUAUUGCUGACCAACAUUAACAUGUAUGUAUUGCUGAAUCCCUGCCCAGAUGUGUUUGUUAUCCUAUUUUCACUAAUGUAUUUUUUACUACUAUCAUGUAAAUCAGUUGACCUUGGAAUAAACAUCAGUGUUUCAUUCAGUUCAAUGCCCUUGCCUCAGAAUCAGACUAUAGUAAUUUUUUCUUUUCCUAAAGUUUCCCUUAGAAAUAAAUUUCAGGCCUCCAGAGUUUUAAUCCUCACAUUCAGGAAUCAUUUCAUAAUGUGUAUUUCCAUGCUUCACAAUGUUUUCUUUUUUUCUGUUCAAUUUUGUCUAUGUGUUAAUGAUUAAGAUGUAUUUUAUUGCUUUUUAUCCAUAAUUUUAUAAUAUAAGUAUUUAUGUUAGGAUCAGAUCUCAGAGAGAUAUAUUCAGCCAAAAAUAUUUUAAAAGUAUACUUUGGCAUCUGCAUUGCUUUGCACAUCUAAAUGUUUCCAUAAUUUAAUAAAAGUAAAAUGGUUUCAGA